GCAGCAUCAGGACCGGCACCGGGACCGGCAGCAGGACCGGCACCAGGACCGGCAGCAGGACCGGCAGCGGCAUCUGCAAGAGCAAGAGCAAGAGCGAGGAGCACGAGCGGCGGCGGCCGGAGAAGCGGCGGGAGAAGCGGCCGCGGCCGCCUGCAAGAAGGAGAAGCCCGGACGAGCGGCGGCGGCGGCGGAGGUUGACCAGAAGGACCCCCGGCUCCGGGACGCCCGGCCCAGCGCGGGAGCCGAAGCCCCCACUCCUCCCCCACCCCAGCCCCAAUCCCAGCCCUUUGAUGGUGACACCCCUGGACUCGAACAAAGCUCCGGCUCAGAGAACGCCCGCUCCCGGCCCCCAGCGAAGUCUUGUAGUUGUGUCUUUUUGCGCUCCCGUGUGUGUAAUCUUUAACCUUUUAUUCAUUCUUAUUUUGAUGGCUUUCCUGAAUGGCUGACUGCGCGCUGCCCUGGACUUGGCCCCAGACAGUCGCCUCUCCUCCUCUUCCAACUCCUCUGCUGCAGAACAGCGCUAAGAGAGAGAGAGAGAGCGAGCGAGCGAGAGAGAGAGAUCUUUGAAGAGAUUUUUUUUUUCCUUCUUCUGUCUUGAAGCCAGACAAUCGACUUCCAUCUCCCCCCCCCCUUCCCUUCCCCUCCCUCGCUCUCCACAUUUGGCUGAUAUUCGCUGUCCCCCCCUUCCCUCCUUCCCUCUCCCCUCCCCUCUUCCUUUUUAAACCCCCCCUCGAACUGCCAAAGCUGAUCCGAAAGCCAGAAAAGCAACAAACUUUUCCCCCAAAAUACACACCCGGGCAGACACACACUCACACCCACCCUCUCUCUCUCUGACACACACACACACAUCCACACACACACGCACACACAAAAGAAAGAGGGGGACGGAGAGACAGACAGAGAGAGAAGCCAGAGAGAAAGGAAGGGGAACGGGAAGUUUGGAAACGGUGUCCGAUAGAUAUGGCAAUGGUAGUUGGUGCGUGGCGAGACCCCCAAGACGAUGUACCGGGAAACCAGGGAACUCAACCGUCGCAAGCACCUCCUGUCCAAGGACCGCCAGCCGGGGCCCCCCACACCCCACAGACCCCUGGCCAAGGGGGCCCUCCCAGCACUCCAGCCCAGACCAACCAACCCAGCCAGCAGAACCAAGCCGGAGACAAACAGCAGCAGCAGCAGCACAUUGAGUGUGUGGUUUGUGGGGACAAAUCUAGUGGCAAACAUUAUGGCCAGUUUACCUGCGAGGGUUGCAAGAGUUUCUUCAAGAGGAGUGUAAGGAGAAAUCUGAGUUACACUUGUCGCGCCAACAGGAACUGUCCUAUAGACCAGCACCACCGCAAUCAGUGUCAGUACUGCCGCCUCAAAAAAUGCCUCAAAGUUGGCAUGAGACGGGAAGUUUCUUCUUUAUUCACUGCAGCCGUCCAGAGGGGCAGAAUGCCACCCACACAGCCAACUCAUGGUCAGUUCGCCUUGACGAAUGGAGACCCCCUCAACUGUCAUUCCUACCUAUCCGGAUAUAUCUCCCUGCUCCUGCGAGCCGAGCCCUACCCCACGUCGCGCUUUGGGAGCCAGUGCAUGCAACCCAACAACAUCAUGGGCAUCGAGAACAUUUGCGAACUGGCCGCUCGGAUGCUCUUCAGCGCGGUGGAGUGGGCCCGGAAUAUCCCUUUCUUCCCCGACCUCCAGAUCACAGAUCAGGUAGCCCUGCUCCGACUGACCUGGAGCGAAUUGUUUGUGCUCAACGCCGCCCAGUGCUCCAUGCCCCUUCACGUCGCCCCACUCCUGGCCGCGGCUGGCCUUCAUGCCUCGCCCAUGUCCGCUGACCGAGUGGUCGCCUUUAUGGACCACAUACGUAUCUUCCAAGAACAAGUGGAAAAACUGAAGGCAUUGCACGUCGACUCGGCAGAAUACAGCUGUUUGAAGGCCAUAGUCCUCUUCACUUCAGAUGCCUGUGGUCUCUCUGAUGUAGCCCAUGUGGAAAGCUUGCAGGAAAAGUCGCAGUGUGCUCUGGAAGAGUAUGUUAGGAGCCAGUAUCCCAACCAGCCAACACGAUUUGGAAAGCUUUUGCUUCGCCUUCCCUCUCUCCGCACUGUCUCCUCUUCUGUCAUAGAGCAAUUGUUUUUCGUCCGUUUGGUAGGUAAAACCCCUAUAGAAACCCUAAUCAGGGAUAUGUUACUGUCUGGCAGCAGUUUUAACUGGCCUUAUAUGGCAAUUCAAUAAAAAAAAAAUAAGGGGAAUGAAACAGAGAGAAAGAAAAGGCAAAAGACUGGUUUGUUUGCUUAAAUUCUUUCUGUUAAGAAAGGAUAUAAAAGGAUGUUACAUUUGCUAAAAGAAGAGAGGGAAGAAUUUAAUGGACUGUGAAUUUUAAAAAAAAAAGACUGUCAAUGAACUUUUACAGAAUGCAUUAAAAAAAAACUCCUGUGUCGGUCAGAACAACUUGCUACUUAUCAUUUUUGUAUAAAAAAAAGGAAAUUAGUCUUUCUUUUUUUUCGUAAACUUUUAAAAAAAAUCGCUAAAAGUGCAUUUAAGGAGAUUUGGAGAAAAUUAGGAGAAUGGAGAAAGUAAGUCUUUUUUUUCCAAAUUUAUUAAUUGUCCUGUGUCUAUGUACCUAUAGCUGUUCUUUUUUGUAUUUUUCUGGUUCCAAACCAGUUUAUUCUGUGGUUCUAUAAUAAUUUUUGAUAUAAUCUUGGCUUCUUAAAAACUGUGUAUCCUUAAAAUAUAUGUUCUGCAAGAAUUAAAACUGAGUCCACGAAAAUAUCAUAGGAAGACAUAAAACUUUAAAAGGCAACCUAAUGAUGGAAGCGCACUUAUAAGUGGUGACCAAAAUUUAGUUGAAGCUGAGAGCUCUAAUUACAGACCCGAAUGAACCACACACAACACGUAACAACCCCCCUGCAAAAAAACAAAAAACAAAAAAAAACUAGCUUUUUUUGAUAUUUUAAGAAAGAGAAUGAACUGUGGAAUUUAUUGGCGGUCAAAGGAUGUGUCCAAGACACACGCUGAGGUUUUGAAUAAAAAGUGAACUUUUGUAAUUUGAAUUGGGUCCCGCAUAGUUCUUGAAUUGUUAUGAAACUCCUAUAUCUGUUUGUAUAUUUGCAAACCCUUUGUAUUAUAAUAAUUGUUGAUAUUUUCCCUUUUUAAAAAAAUACCAUUGAAAUCAGCAUGAUAAAAUAACACUGUUGGCACUUAUAGGUAACGUGAUUGAUUCAGUAUCUUAGAGUUUACAGUUUGUGUUUAAAAACUGAAGGUUUUUUUUUAAGUGCAACAUUUCUGUAUACUGUAAAAGUUAUAAUAACUGAACUGUUUGGUCGAGUCUUUGUGUGUUAUAUUCCAAGGAAAAUUGAAAGUAUUCAGAAAUUAAAAUAUUAUUUGAUAUCUGAA